AUUUCUUCACUGCAAGAAAUGCAAUUGGAUUGAAGUGUGCAUGGAUUUGUACAAACUGAGGUUUGGCUCCCUGUAGACGGUGAUGGCCCCAGGUGAUAUGGUGCCGGAACAUGCCAAGCAGCAUAAGUUCAAGCAGGAGAAGGAGAAUCUUCAGAGCACCACCAGGCCUGAUGGAGACUCUGAGUCAGAUGGAUCUUUUGUCUUUGAGGCCCACGGGGCAUGGAAGGACUUCCACAACUCUUUGCGCCAGUUCUACGAAGUGGGGGAGCUCUGUGAUGUUACACUGAAGGUGGGAAGUAGGCUGAUACCAUGCCACAAACUGGUGCUGGCCUGUGUCAUUCCUUACUUCAGGGCCAUGUUCUUGUCUGAGAUGUCAGAGGCCAAACAGGACCUGAUAGAGAUCAAGGACUUUGACGGAGAUGCCAUCCACAACCUGGUGCGUUUUGCCUACUCCUCCCGCCUGACCCUGACUGUGGACAACGUGCAGCCUCUUCUCUAUGCAGCCUGUAUUCUGCAGGUGGAGCUGGUUGCCAGGGCCUGCUGUGAGUACAUGAAGGCACACUUCCACCCCUCCAACUGUCUGGCUGUCCGCACCUUUGCCGAGAGCCACAACCGCGUCGACCUGAUGGACAUGGCGGACCGUUAUGCUUGCGAGCACUUCCGUGAGGUGGUGAACUGUGAGGACUUCCUGUGCGUGUCGCCUCAGCACCUGAGAACCCUGCUGUCCUCCAGCGAACUGAACAUCCAAUCUGAGACACAGGUUUACAAUGCUGCUGUCAAAUGGCUGAAGGCCAACCCCCAGCACCAUGAGGCCUGGCUGGACCAGAUCAUGACUCAGGUGCGCCUCCCCCUGCUCCCAGUAGACUUCCUGACAGGCACGGUGGCCAAGGAGGAGAUGAUCAAAAGAAAUCUGAGCUGCCGGGAUCUGCUGGAUGAGGCCAGGAACUAUCACCUGCACCUCAGCAACAAGAUGGUGCCUGACUUUGAGUACUCAGUCCGCACCAUACCUAGGAAACAUACUGCAGGUGUAUUGUUCUGUGUUGGUGGCCGGGGAGGUUCUGGUGACCCGUUCCGCAGCAUCGAGUGUUACUCCAUCAGCAAGAACAGUUGGUUCUUCGGGCCUGAGAUGAACAGCAGGAGACGCCAUGUUGGAGUAAUUUCUGUAGGAGGUAAAGUGUAUGCAGUAGGGGGCCAUGAUGGUAGUGAACACCUGGGCAACAUGGAGAUGUUUGAUCCUCUCACCAACAAGUGGAUGAUGAAAGCUUCCAUGAACACUAAAAGGAGAGGAAUAGCUCUGGCAGCUCUGGAAGGUCCUAUCUACGCCAUCGGUGGUCUCGAUGACAACUCCUGUUUCAACGAUGUUGAGAGAUAUGACAUCGAGAGCGACCACUGGAGUGCUGUGGCGCCCAUGAACACGCCCCGAGGUGGAGUGGGCUCUGUGGCCUUAGGGAAUCACGUGUAUGCUGUGGGGGGUAAUGACGGUGUGGCCUCUCUGUCCAGUGUGGAGAGGUUUGACCCACAUCUCAACAAGUGGACAGAGGUCAGGGAGAUGGGCCAGAGACGGGCAGGGAACGGAGUCGGCGAGCUCAACGGGUGUCUCUAUGUAGUGGGUGGUUUUGAUGACAACUCCCCGCUGAGUUCUGUAGAGCGUUUUGACCCCCGUCUGAGUCGCUGGGACUACAUCUCUGAGCUGACCACGCCCCGGGGCGGAGUGGGUGUGGCCACGGUUAUGGGUUGCCUGUUUGCGGUCGGAGGUCACAACGGGAACAUCUACCUCAACACAGUGGAAGCCUUUGACCCCCGUAUGAACAGAUGGCAGCUGGUGGGGUCGGUGUCUCACUGUCGGGCCGGCGCAGGAGUGGCUGUCUGCUCCUCUCACAUAAGCCAGAUCAGGGACGUGGGCCAGGGCUCCAGCAACGUGGUGGACUGCAUGUGACCUGUGAUCCCUGAGCUGACCACACCGACCAACUGCACGAGCAGACUAACCCAACCCAAGCACUCAACCACACUGUCACUGAACAGGAGCACUAGUGGUUGUUCCUUUAAGCAUUACAUUUACAUUUAAGUCAUUUAGCAGACGCUCUUAUCCAGAGCGACUUACAAAUUGGUGCAUUCACCUUAUGACAUCCAGUGGAACAGCCACUUUACAAUAGUGCAUCUAAAUCUUUUA